AUGGUGUGAGAAAUGGCCGUAGGAAACAACACUCAACGAAGUUAUUCCAUCAUCCCAUGUUUUAUAUUUGUUGAGCUUGUCAUCAUGGCUGGGACAGUGCUGCUUGCCUACUACUUCGAAUGCACCGACACUUUUCAGGUGCAUAUCCAAGGAUUCUUCUGUCAGGACGGGGAUUUAAUGAAGCCUUACCCGGGGACUGAGGAGGAAAGCUUCGUCACCCCUCUGGUGCUCUACUGUGUGCUGGCUGCCACCCCAGCUGCUAUUAUUUUUAUUGGUGAGAUAUCCAUGUAUUUCAUAAAGUCAACCAGAGAAUCCCUGAUUGCCCAGGAGAAAACAAUUUUGACCGGAGAAUGCUGUUACCUGAACCCCUUACUUCGAAGGAUCAUAAGGUUCAUAGGUGUGUUUGCAUUUGGACUUUUUGCUACUGACAUUUUUGUAAACGCCGGGCAAGUGGUCACUGGGCACCUAACGCCAUACUUCCUGACAGUGUGCAAGCCGAACUACACCAGCACAGACUGCCAAGCACACCACCAGUUCGUAAGCAACGGGAACAUUUGCACCGGGGACCUGGAAGUGAUAGAGAAGGCUCGGAGAUCCUUUCCCUCCAAACACGCUGCUCUGAGCAUUUACUCUGCCUUAUAUGCCACGAUGUACAUCACAAGCACAAUCAAGACGAAGAGCAGCCGACUGGCCAAGCCGGUGCUGUGCCUUGGGACCCUCUGCACAGCCUUCCUGACGGGCCUCAACCGGGUUUCUGAGUAUCGGAACCACUGCUCGGAUGUGAUCGCAGGCUUCAUCCUGGGCACUGCUGUGGCCCUGUUUCUGGGAAUGUGUGUGGUCCAUAACUUUAAAGGAACGCAAGGAUCUCCUUCCAAACCCAAACCCGAGGAUCCCCGUGGAGUACCCCUAAUGGCUUUCCCAAGGAUAGAAAGCCCUCUGGAAACCUUAAGUGCACAGAAUCACUCUGCCUCCAUGACAGAAGUUACCUGAGAAGACUGAUGGGCUACAAGAUGUUUUUUUUACCAUCCUCCAAUUCGAUACUUCAAGACACACAGUUACUCAAUGUCCAACUGUGAAGACAAGUAUUAUGUUUAUCUAGUUACAGGCUAAUGUUUUGUACAUUUUUUUGUAUGAGGAAGUGAUGUAGCUUGCCCUGAUUUUUUUUUUUUUUUUUUGGUCAGCUUUAAUAUAUUUAUGCCAGAAUUUUAAAACCAACAAAAUUUUCUUCUUGUACAGGUGUGCAUUGAAGAACCACAUUUACUCAAUGGUUGAUGUUAUUUUGUGAUAUUUGUACACAAACUUUCUUUU